AUAUGAUUCAUUCUACAAUUCCGUGAGUAGCCUUCAGACGGCAACAUGAUAUUCGUAUUGUUGUUUUGUUUUCUGCCAAUUUUUCUCUACUUCUACUUCACAAGAACAUUCGAUUACUGGAAGAAGAAGAAAGUGAAGGGCCCCGAACCGACGGUAUUUUUUGGCAACUUCAAGAAUGUGACCCUAAUGAAGGAACUCCCCACUUUCCAAUUGAAAAGAAUUUACAACGAGUACCGUAAGGAGCCGAUCGUGGGUGUCUACCGGAUGACAACCCCGUGGCUCGUCAUCCAGGAUCUGGAUAUCAUAAAACACAUCUUCAUCAAGGACUUCGAUCUGUUCUCUGAUCGUGCCGUACCAAUGACGGACAAGAAAUUACACAAAAAUCUCUUCUCAUCCGAGACCGAGACGUGGAGGGUUUUGAGACAUCAGUUCACGCCUUUAUUCACUAGUGGCAAACUAAAGAACAUGUUGCAUUUGAUCACCGAACGAGGCGAUAAGUUUUUGGACUACAUCGAUAGGGUAACGCAGACUGAUCCCAAUCAGGAACUGCAUGUCCUCAUUCAGUUGUACACUCUGAGUACAAUAGCAGCCUGCGCAUUCGGGCUGGACGUUGAUUUGACCACAAACAACAGUUUCCUGAACUCCCUACGCGACAUCGACGAUCUCAUAUUCAAGAGAAGGAGCAUCCAGGACAUCGUCAUCAUGUAUCCGAAUCUCUUUUCGAAACUGGGAUCGUUGAAAUUUGCAAAGAGUCUCAACAGUUUCUUCGAGGACCUAGUUGCGACUGUAAUUAAGCAGCGAAAUGGCAAAUCGAUAAAUAGACACGAUUUUAUGGAUUUGAUACUAGAUUUGAGAAGCAAAGGCGAAAUCUCCGGCCCUAAAAGGGCAGAUUCUAAAGAACUAACGCUGGAGAUCACAGACGAUAUCAUUGCGGCUCAAGCGUUUGUAUUUUAUGCUGCUGGGUAUGAAACUAGUGCUACUACGAUGUCUUUCAUGCUGUACGAGCUAGCGAGGAAUCCGGAUAUCCAGGAGAAACUGCAUCAAGAAAUAGACGAGGUACUUGGAAAUAGCGAUGGUGAAGUGACAUACGAAACUCUCAGCAAACUGCCGUAUAUGGAGAAAGUAUUCGAUGAGACUCUAAGAGUAUAUCCACUGGUGGAUCCUUUACAACGAAGAGCGAUGGAUAAAUAUAAGAUCCCAGGCACAGAUGUCACAAUAGAAAAAGGUCAAAUCGUGGUCGUUCCGGUCCGGGCUAUACAUUAUGAUGAAACGAUAUACCCCAACCCUGAGAAAUUUGAUCCAGAGAGGUUCGAUCCGAAGGUAUCGGCUGGGAGGCACGCGUGCGCGUACAUGCCGUUUGGACUUGGACCCAGGAACUGUAUAGGUAUGCGCUUCGCCAAGGUCCAGUCCAGGGUCUGCAUCCUGAAGCUGCUGUCCAGGUUCCGCGUGGAGUUGGCGGAGGAACAGGAUAUGACCUUCGACUGGAGGAGGAUCAUUAUUGGUCCCCGCAAGGGAUACAAGCUAAAAUUCCUCGCGAGGAAAAAAGACGCCUGAAUAGUGUGAUCAAAUAUUUUUUAAAUUAAAUUAAAAAAGUUAUCCAUACCAAA